ACAGCUUUUUCUGUCUUUUGCCCCUCAUCGCAGCUGUGCAUAUCCGGUUCCGCGGCGACAUCAGCUGGUCUGCUGACUGUCAUCUCUCUUUUCAUCGUGUAAUAUUUCUUUUUCUCUUUUUCUCGUCAGAUCAGACCGCUCUUCUCUUUGAUUUACAGUUCUCUGGGCUUUUCUCUCCUAUUGAAAUUAAUAGUAAGACAGCAUGUGGCAGCCAACUUCACCAGGCGAAGAGCCCGCGCCACCUCCCCCUCACGGCCAUGUCCGGACAUUGUCAAUGAAGCAGAAAAACCCGGGCCGCUGGUUUGGCCAGGUCGUCAAGCUCAAAAAGGACCGCGUGGACGAGUACAAGGCCUGCCAUGCCAAGGUUUGGCCCGAGGUUCUCAAGCAGAUCAAGGACUGCGGGAUAGAAGAUUACAGCAUCUUCUAUGACGACAACCUGGGAUUGCUUUUUGCCUCGUUUAGGUAUAUCGGCUACGACUACGCUGGAGACAUGGAGAAAAUGGCGGGUAAUCCCAAGGUGCGCGAGUGGUGGAAGAUGACAGACAGCAUGCAGGAGAGCUUGGUGGAGGGAGCUGUGAGCUCCGAGGCCGGGACGCCGUCUUGGUGGAGGCCGAUGGAGCAGGUGUUUUUCCAGCCGUGAUGCACGAUUACGAUAAUGGCGACGAAGGAGGGCUGUAGGAGGCAAGAAUGCAAGAAUCAACGCAGGAAUUAAUGGCAUGUAUCCAGGUUAGGGUGCUGGAGAUUGGAAGAAGCUGGGCAAUAGAUGCGAACUUUUGUUAACUGCGGGGCGGUGUUGGUGUUUGCCAAUACAGUAGAGCUAUGAGCUCGGAGGGGACCGAGCUUUCAAGCAUCGAAUAUGCAACUAUCGACCAUCCAACGACGCGAAGAAAAAAAAAUUGAAAUUUUCCUUGCA